AUUCUUUGAAGAUGAAAAGGGAUAUCUUAUGGUUUUACGGAAUAUAAAGCAAUAUUGUCUGACAUGACGGCAAAAAAUGUUGGUGUGACUCCCACAAAUGGCGACUUGAAAGGAUUUAUAGAUCAGAACCAGAGUCCAACAAAAGGUAAUAUUUCAAUAAUUACAUUACCAGUUUCCAGCACCAACUCUCCAACUAAGAUUUUGCCAAAAACUUUAGGACCAAUAAAUGUGAAUGUUGGACCCCAAAUGAUCAUAAGCACAUCACAAAGACUGACCAAUUCAGGGAGUGUUCUGAUUGGGAGUCCCUAUAAUCCAGCUCCAACAAUGGUCACACAGACACACAUAACAGAAGCUACUGGCUGGGUUCCAGGGGACAGAAAACGGACUCGAGAAUUUAUAGAAUCAGAUUUUUCAGAAAGUAAGAGAAGCAAAAAGGGAGAUAAAAAUGGAAAAGGUUUGAGGCAUUUUUCAAUGAAAGUAUGUGAAAAAGUCCAACGUAAAGGAACAACUUCAUACAAUGAAGUUGCUGAUGAGCUGGUAUCAGAAUUCACAAAUUCUAACAGCCACCUAGCUACAGAUUCGCAGGCUUAUGAUCAGAAAAAUAUUAGGCGGAGAGUUUAUGAUGCCCUUAAUGUGCUGAUGGCAAUGAACAUAAUUUCAAAGGAGAAAAAGGAAAUCCGAUGGAUUGGCCUUCCUACAAACUCAGCUCAGGAAUGUCAGAAUCUAGAGAUAGAGAAACAGAGGCGGAUUGAACGGAUAAAACAGAAGAGAGCCCAGCUACAAGAAUUGCUGUUGCAGCAAAUAGCAUUCAAAAACUUGGUACAAAGAAAUCAGCAAAACGAACAGCAAAAUCAAGGCCCUCCAGCUUUGAACUCUACAAUACAGCUGCCUUUCUUAAUAGUCAACACUAGCAAAAGAACUGUUAUAGACUGCAGUAUAUCAAGCGAUAAAUUCGAAUACCUCUUUAAUUUCGAUAACACUUUUGAGAUUCACGAUGACAGUGAGGUGCUGAAGAGAAUGGGAAUGUCUUUUGGGCUUGAAGCAGGCAAAUGUUCAGCUGAGGACCUAAGAACUGCAAAAUCACUGGUGCCAAAAGCUUUAGAAGGCUACAUCACAGAUAUGUCUGCAGGAUUUUCCUGGAUGAACCAAGGAUUAUUUUCAAAUUCAGCACAAGCAGCUUCACAUACAGAAGUAGUAGGAGGCACUUCUGUUUCUAAAUCAAGUGAGAAUCCAGGGUUGUGUUUGGAUGCUGAAGUGGCCUUAGCAACUGGGCAGUUCCUCGCCCCUAGCAGUCAACAGUCCAGCAGUGCAACAUCACGCUACUCAGAAUCAAGGGGAGAAACGCCAUGCUCAUUCAAUGAUGAGGAUGAAGAGGAUGAAGAUGAAGAUCCUUCCUCCCCAGAAUAAAGACAGUAGAAAACUGAGUACACAAAAUACUACUCAUACAUGUUCUUACUGAGAGCUCCUGUUCUGGAUUUUAAGUUUCUUGCUUUUGUUUGCACUGUGUUCAGUGAAGAUUCAGAACAAACAUAUCCAAAGUUGAAACUGAAAAUUUUUUUAAUUGAACACAGAGUGAUACGCAGACACAGAGCAAAGUGAGAGUGUGUUUUUUUUUUUUUAAUCAACUAAAACCAAGGAAAAGAACAAAGUCCCUGGAGAUCUGGCAAAGUAAACAUCAAGUUCACAUUAUCCAUUUUGGGGCAUUUUGUCUCAAGUCUCUGUCUUCCCCUUAUCCUAACCAAACGGAGAAGAAAACAGGGUCAGUCAACAAAUGCUGAUUCUCACAUUGUCUUUUGGUUGUGCUACCUUAAAAAGAAAAGGAAAAAAAAGUAGCGUGUGCACAUUCACAUGCUGAAAUAGCUAUUUAAAAAUACCUUGUAUGAAAAUUAUUAUAGGGAGAGGGGCUGUUAGAAUGUUUGCUUUUUUCUGUUCAACUGGCUGUAUAGAAGAUUCUUAAAGUAAUAUAAAUUGCAAGUGAUUAAAUGACUCUUGAAAUAGAUUAAAUCCAUUUUAGAUACUCUAAAAAUAAUACUAUAUGUCUCUUUUGAAAGGUUCAUAUGUUCAUUUAUACUACAGGCCUAAUUUAUUUAUAAUAAGUGAUUAUUCUUAGCUGUUAAAGCAGUCAGGAUUAAAACAGCAGUAUUCUCUGCACCAGCUCUUUUUCCAAUAAAAAAAAUAAGUGAAAAUGUAUUUAUAAAUUAUAGUAUAUCCAGUAUAAGUUCUCCUUUACUGUUCUAAUUUUAUUUGGUUUUACAGCAUGUAUAUUUUAAAAAAGGCCUCUAUGUUAAGAAUCUUGGGCAACAUCUUUUCAUGGCAAGAUUUUAAAAUUCAGGGCAGGCAAGUCAAAUUUUUAAAGUCAUAGGUUAAGAUACUUAGGAAGAAGAUUAAAUUUUGACAAAUCAUAAUUUGAUUAGGAGUAUAAUAUAAUAAUUUAACUUGCUUAUAGUUAACUCUUGUUGCACGAGCCUUGAUGCGUCUUUGGAAAAUAUUAUUACCAAGCAACUUCUUAAAAUAAUUUGUGGCUGAAGUUACACAACAUGAAUUCCGUUUGAACAGUUAAAUUAGCCUUAUGACAGGAGGCUCUGUAUUAUAUGUUUAAAAUCACAUCCAAUCACAAAGACUUAAAAAAAAAAAAUCUUAUAGCAAAGCAAAAUCCAGUGUAGAUGGUACUUUUCUGAUGGUGUUCUAACAUUUAGUAUUUUAACUAGUCUUGAAGUUAACUAUUUUUAAUUAGGUGAAUCCAGUUAAAAAAGUUACUCCUUUUUAGUUUUUAUACUACAUGUAAAUAAUACUAAAAGUACCAAUAUAUUAGCUGUCAGAACACAAUGACUUUCGCUCUGUUAUUUAGUUACAGAUUAGGCAACUUGUAAUACUUUACUAACUUGAACAAUGGCAGCAAACUAUAUUCCUUGAUUGCUGUGGCUAUUACCCUAACAGUAUGAGGUCUGUCCACAUUAUCUUUUCCAGACAAAUCUGCCCUCAAGACAACGCGGGCCAAAAGCACUAUGCCCAAACUAGUAAGAAAAAAUAAAAUAAAAAAAAAUGAAGCUUUAGCUAGAAAGCUACCCAGCUGUUCUACUGGUGUUGGCUCAUAACUAGCUACAUACAGGACAGAUAAAACUGCAAGGAGCAUUCAAACACACCUGCAGUCUUGCCUAAAAAAAAAAUAUCCAGGUAGAAACUUUAAACAGAUGAUAGCUUAAACUCCUACAGUUGAUGUACAGAUAGGAUGGCACCAUUGUUUAGGCAUAGCUCUCGCUGGAGUAAAUAGAGCUAUCUGCAUUACACAAAUAAUACGCAAAUGCACAGAGAAAAAUUCCUGUACGCUUUACCAUGUUAUUCGCCCCUGGGCAAGACUGUUAAGCUGUCCUAUGCACACGGCUCAUAGACUACAGCUGACCAAGGCAUGAACACUAACCUCACUUCAACCAAAUUUCUAACACUACCUCUAUAUGAAGAAAAAAAAGCUUUACAAGUACAAAAAAAAAAAAAAAAGUUCUCACUGAGCGAUUCAAUGCACUUGAUUGAAGUGGUUCAAUUCUGUAGUAAGAGAAGGAAGAGAUUGCAGGCAUGCUAUUAUGGAAUUAUCAAUUUUAUAAAUGACAUUUGAUACAAUUUUUAUUAGUAUUAUUUUGGUUUUGGAAAACUAUCCUGUCAGCUUUUAUUGGAAACAGCAGAUCAAAGAUACCCGAUAUGCACAGGACAUUCUAAUGCACCGUUAAGGACAGAACAUUUUUCUAAACUAAUUCAGUAUUCCCCCAGCCCCAUACACUAGGGGAUAUAUCUGACUUUACACUUCCCACUCAAAGUUUGCAUAAAAAUAAAACCCAGAAAAACAUUAAUCUAAACAAUUGUUAAAAGAUGAACACUUUGAAUUACAAGAAGUUGGCAAAAGAAUUUCUUGACUAGAAACGUAAGGUGUUUUCCUAGCUUCAUUGUGCUUUCUACUUUUCAGGAGGAAGAUCCUGUGUAAGGUCUUGCUCCCAUUGAUGUCUGUUUCCUUCAAAGCAGCAGAGUACACAGCUACUUGCUUUCUGGCAAACUUCAAGCUAUCAGCCCCUAAUUUUGGGGGAUAUUUUAAUCUAGGAGCACAUAACAUUUAUGUACAUAGUUGAACCAUGAUUUCCUUCCCCUUCCCCCACCCCGAACUAGUUAAAUACAAAGGACAAAACAAGUUUGAACACUUAAGAGACUUCAAAAGGAAAUUCUUCCCUUGGGAUUCUUUGUGCCAAGUUCCAGCUGAGAAUGAAGUUCUACUAGAGCACUGUGGUCUUGUGGUUAUACUAAAGUCUGGGAACUAGGAGAAUUCUGGGUCUUAUCCAGCCACAACCACUCCCUGUAUGAUCUCAGGCAAGUCAUUCAGCCACUCUUGCUCGUAUUAGCUGACACAUUUAAAAAUAAAAGUAAAGUUAGAACCUCACAAAAUAUAGACGUUGCAUCUGAAUUGAGCUCUGAGCAAUUAUGAGUAACAAUACUAAACAAUCACACAGCUCCCACUAAGUUAAUGGCAGUAGCCAUGUUCAGUUCCUUCAACAUGCAGGCUCUUCCUCCGAGGGCCACCAGUCAUUAACAACACUGGUUUUCCCAUUUUCUAUUCAGCUGCCACCAUCCUCUGCUCUCGUCAAUACUCUUAAAAUUCAUUCAAAUAAAACAAUUAGCAAUUGGUACUAGACUGUAUCCCGCAUAAGGCAGAGUUAACAUUUAAAUUUCCAUAAAUAUCUGAGGUAGACCUUAAAAGUGACGUUUGUGUCUUGGAACACUAUUUAUUGGUUAUGCAUUCAGUUGAAAGUAAACAGUUUUUCUGGACUUACUUUAUGGUGCUUAAAAACAAUCUAAAUUUGACUUAGAAAAAAAUUGUCACCACCACAAACUAGAUGAAAAAUUGUGAGUGGGAGACAGCAUUUUUCUAUUAUGUGGAAAUCAGAUAUAAUGUCUGUGGAUUUUGUUUUUAAAAGUUAUAUUAAAGCUGUGCCAGUCUUCUCAUUAACACUGGAAUUAAUGGCAAAAAAUCCACCUAAUCUAAGAAAGCGUGUAUAUUUAAGUAAACACUAAAGCACAUACAUAAUGUUAGUUUAACUGAAGGCGUGAUUUUAGCUAGCUUCGUUAAACUAGUACAAGUGACACUGAAGACAUUUCCAAUUUGGCUAAGAGGUUUGGGGUGGAGUGGUGGCAUGGGGGGUGGGAAGGGAGUGUUCUUUUAAAGUAUAGCUUGGAAAUACUCCUAAUUUAUUUGAACAGCUGCAAGUUGCUGAGUAUACAAAAUAGUCAAAGGGAUUUGUGUCAGUUAACCAAGUCAGUUUAGAGCAGCAUGAUGUAAAAAGGCCUAAUAAAGCCAAGUUUUAAUUCUCUUCCCCUCCCCCCCCAAAAAACCUCCCAAAUAUAACAAUGCCUGAAGUCAGAAUUCAACAGUUAAAGUUUAAAAUGUCAAGUGCUCUUUCUUCUGACCACACCACCCCUUUAAACACAGGAGUAUGGCUGAAAUUUAAUCUCAUUUGAAACUAAGCACUGGGCAAUACUCAUUGUUAUAACUAACUGGCUAUUUACAACUGAAAUUAAAUAAGAUCUACUUUUAAAGAGAAUGCUUUCCUUUUAAUGAGUUAAGGACAUUUGGGUUUUGGUUUAAUUUAAAAACAAAGCAAGUAGCCACAGGAUAUAUAGCAAACAAACUACUAAGACUGUGACCCUCCUCGUUGUAUCUUUUCAUUACAGGAUUCUCUUGGUGUCAGGAGUUAAGUAUUAAUUAAAAAAAAAAAAAAAAAAAGAAAAAGAAAGAAAAAAAAAGGCAGGAGAAAGAAAGACCAAAGGAGAUUUGUAAAGUUUUGAACAAUAAAUUUCAGUAACAAUCAUGCAUUGAAGAAACAUUGUUCUGUUUACUGUAAGCUUAAUUUAUUUUAAAGAGAUGCUGCAGUUGAGUUAUCACAAUUGUCUGGGAUAUUUUAUGGCUGAAGGCCUCUUCAAAUGCUCAACACUGGAAAAUUGUGCCUGCUGCAGCACUACUGAUGAACCAUUGAGAAGCUAAGAGAAGUUGGUGUGUUUUUUUUUUUUAAACAUGCCAUUUCAUGAAUCUUGACCUAUGUCCAGAACUGACAUGCCAGUAAAGCAUCAGAAUUUGUCACACACCUAUGCGUCUAAGCAUGUCAGCAGUAAAUUUGAAUUCAAAUGCGUAAUUUGCUGCUAGAAGGUAUACACAUAACCAAGUCCUGACACCGCAACAUUUCUUGAAACUCUCAUGCCUUAGACUUAACCUGAGUGUUCAGAUCAGAUUAUAUCUUUGCUAUUUAUGCUUUAGAGUUAGUUUGAUAAGGGCUUUUUUAAGAGUCUGUGAACAAAUGUUCUCCUCCAGCUGUAUUGCAAGGCAAAGCAAACCAACCAAACAAAACCCCCUUAUUCUCAGCUGUUCAUUCCCUUUGCUAUGUAUUACCAUCCUUUCUUACCGAACUUACUGUACCGCUGCUCAUACAAAUGUUUCCUGGCUCACUCAGCACAGUUACUUGAUUUAGCACCCCCCUCCCCCAUCCUAAUCCAGCUAAUGCUGACAGGUAGAUGGGGAAACACUCACAUAAGCACUUGGCCCAGUCAAAGGGGUUGUCACAGCUGUUUAUAGAAUGCUUGUUCAUUCACACCUUUAAUAUUCCCACUUUGGCCUGCCUCAAAGAUCUGCCAAAACAAAAAUGUUUCCUUCCUGCAUACAUCUUUCUGACAGUAUCCAAAAUUCAACAAUUAGGACAUUCAUCUAAAAAAAUCUAAAAAUAUGAACACCAGUUGACAGUAGGAAACAGCUAUCUAAAAUUUAAAUCCUACCAUAGACUUAAAUCAAAAUCUUCUAUGUGGUAUAUAGGAAACUUUCUAAAGACAAAACAAGUCUCUCUCCAGUGAGUUGUUUUAAGCCUUUUAAUCAUUAUACAGCCGGAGUGAAACAGCAAAAUUAAUCCCUAGCACUUUCUGGUUUUCAUCCCUUCCAUGUAGCAGCACUGGCACAUCUACAAGAUCAAGGCAAUAAAAAGAUAAACCUUCACCACAUACACAUAAUCCUUUCCACAAAAAUUUAAAGAUAACUCAUUUGGAACACUUUAGUUUAUAUUGCUUUUUUAAUGAAGAAAUUUUUUAAUGAAGAUUAAAUACAGUUCCUAUGUCAAUCUUUCAGCAACACAUAGGUCUGAUUAAAGUUAACUUGUGUUGUCAUUCAGGAGAGUUGUAUGUGACCUAAAAGGUUAAAACAUUGACCAGAGAAUGUUAUCUCCACAAAAACCAGUCUCCAAUUCUUUGGUGGGUUUCUUACAUCUGUAAUGUAACUUUAGCAGUUAGCAGAUUUAGCUGCAAGUGAUGCAGGGAUUAAGUGGAUCUCCUAAAAUUUCCCAGGAAAACACCAUCUGAAUCAAAACGUGUAACACAAGUUUCUGGCACAUUCCUUUGUCUAAAGGCAGGAGGUAUACAUGAAAAUACUUUGGAUUGAGUGUUUUUGCUAUUGAGAAAUACUGCAAACAAUAUGACCCUGUAUUUUAUACAUCUACCCUGAAAAAAAUCUUACUUUGAACAAGCCUGCAAGAACUAGGAUAUGAAUUAAUCCUCUUCCCUCAGGACCUGAUUGCAAAUAAUGCACCAACCUUUGUAACUACACAUUCUACAUAGCGUGAGGAACAACUAGCCAGCAAGUAGAGGCAUAGAUUUUAAAACAGUACAUGUCUGUUGGCACUUCUAAGAAGAUCUGGCAAUAGAUCAAUCCCUUAAUAAUGAAAUAACCCUGAUUUAUGUAUCAACCAGUGUUACAGACCCACUGCAAUAUGUAUUACAAUGAAAAAAAAAGUGACUCUCCCAUCUCCAUUACAGUAGCACUUUUUAACAUCAACUAUAUUCUACAUGUAAAUAUCUUCUAGAGACACAUCCUUUCUAUAUUUAAAAUGCAGAAGCCACUUAAAAGUCCAUUAAUUGCUUUAAAUGGAGGAGGUUUUUUUGUUUUGUUUUGUUUCUUUUUAAGAAGGAGGAUGCCAGUUGGACAAAGAUAUUUUAUACCAACUUUCAAUGCUGAACUUAGAAAGAUGUGCAAACUUGGUGGGUGGGAAGAAAAGAAGCACUAACAAACAUAAUUCAUGGUGAUGCAAACUACAUAAGAUUUUAAUUUAAUAUUUUAUCUGCUAUUCUUAUCCUCCAAAAUACCUACUGGAAUAUAGUAUCACACAAAAAUGUGGCAGAAAUUGAGAAUUAAGCUUAAAGCAUUUUUCUUGCUCCCUUUUUCCAUGCUAAAUUUCUGUAUCUUUGGAAAGUCUAAGUUUCCCACUAGUCUUAUACAAUUUGCUGCAGAUUUUUUGAAUUCUCCAUGGAUUUCUUUAUUUCCAAAUACUUUUAAAUUACAAACUUUUCUUUUUGCAGAAAGACUGCUAUUAAGCUAUUCUGUUUUUUUUCCCUCGAUCAAAUAGUGUUUCUACUAACAUAUUGUACACAACUAGGAGUAGCAUAAAGAGAUUGUGGGUAUUAUUUUAUACGCUUUAAACACUGACAGACAGAAAUACAAAGAAAAAUACGAAGUUUUACUCUCCUAAUAGGAACACUGGCAUUCACAUAUAGUAUAUUUGAACCAAUAGGAAAUAUUACUUUGUAGUAGCACACACUUUGUAAAUAAAUACUUGUUAUUUUUUUAAUGGAAAUUUUAUAGAAGAAGUUAUUUCUGUAUACUCACGUUUACUGAAAAUGCUGCAAGUGGGAAUUGUACAUUGCAAAAUGGGGGUGGGGGAUAAGGGGCAGACAGCUGACUGACAUGAAAAGUAUGUACGCACUGGACAAAAACAAUAUUCAGCUGUUUGUGAACAGGAAAGUAAAGUUUUACUGUAGAGGAACAGAAUAAAAGACUUUCAAGGCAA